AUGCAAGACCGUGGAUCUACAUUUUAUGAAUAUAAUUAUGCAACCGAUGAAGAUCAAAUGAAAAGAUCUCUACUUACAAACAUUAGCGAGUCGCCAAUAAUUACGAAUGUCACUUUACCAAGUCAAGUGUCUUCAAGAUUUCCAAUUCUAAGCUACGAAGUUAGUGAUUGGGGACCUAAACGCGAUUCGCUUUAUGUUGUUGUACCGAUUACUUUACUUUACGUUGCGAUAUUUAUUACGGGAUUGUUAGGAAAUAUUUGUACUUGUAUCGUUAUCGCUCGUAAUAAGUCUAUGCACACCGCUACGAAUUACUAUCUAUUUAGCCUAGCAAUUUCGGAUCUACUGCUUUUAAUAUCUGGCUUGCCGACAGAAAUCUAUUCAACAUGGUCAAAGUACCCUUACGUAUUUGGGGAAAUAUUUUGUAUCCUACAAGGGUUUGCCGCAGAAACGUCGGCGAACGCCACCGUAUUGACCAUUACUGCAUUCACGAUAGAACGCUACGUUGCUAUAUGCCACCCCUUUUUGUCUCAUACAAUGUCAAAGCUUUCUCGGGCGGUGAAAUAUAUUAUUGUUAUUUGGCUACUCGCGAUGUGUUUAGCUUUACCGCAAGCAAUGGCUUUUGGCAUUUUUUAUGAACAAUACCCGGAUGGUUAUGGCACAUCGAACGAUCACUACGUUUGUACAGUGAAACGCAUUGUGAUUCCGCAUGCUUUCGAAAUUUCAACCUUUGUAUUUUUUAUUGCACCGAUGACAGUAAUCACAAUCCUUUAUGUUCUAAUCGGAAUUAGAAUACAUAAAUCAACGAGUGCAAGGAAUCGCGACGGAAGCAUAAAACUAAAACACUAUAAGAACAAAACGUGCGUUCAAAGUCCCAACAAGAAGAUGAAGGUGAUGUUAGGCUCAAACAGUGACAAUAUAAAAAUAAUGUACGAGGACGCAGGGAGGAAGAACUACUCCAGAAAUUCGCAAGCUUCCAAGCACGUGGUAGAGAUGUUAGGUGAGUUUGAAUAUAAUUAA